AUGGUCGCGCGAGAACUGCUUAAUGCUAAGACUUGCGAACAAACUUGCACUUGGUGAAGUUUUUAGUGACGAAUUAUCAUGCGAUACCCCACCAUAAGCAAUACCCCAGAAGAAAGUACUACCCAUCAACGUUUCUACACAUCAACGUUUCUACCCAUCCACGCUUAUACCCCAAGUUUUCUAUCCAUCCACGCUUAUACCCCCAAGUUUCUACUCAUCAACGAAGUCCAUAGAUGGAUUUAGACUACGAAUUAGAACUGCACUAGCGAACGAGGCUGAAAAUCAUCUAAGCACUUCUAAUACUCCCAGCCAGAGCCAUCUCCUUAAUCAAGAUCAAGCCGAUGCUAGUCAAGCAAAUAAUAGAUCAGGCACAUUAGCUGGUCAACAUCAAGAACAAGGUCAUCAACCUGGUCCAGGUGGUGGCGCGUUUCGGACCAACGUUCCGGAGUUCGUGCCACGUAGUACUGAGUCAGGAGCCGGCGUCACAGCGGAAGGUGGUGCAUAUCGUGCUCCACUAGAAUUUCGACCAGAGAACCGCAGGGAACAGCAAGGAGGUUCCAAUGCAUCUUUGCCGGCAAAUGGAGGAGGCAUUGGAAACUAUUCACAGGGUUAAGGCUCUCAUCAUGUUGAUUUAGUAAUGACUUAAUGAAAAUGAAGAUGAACUCGAUAGGAUACAUCAAUCUACAUCUGCUACUGUUCCCCUGUAUUCUUGUCUAAUACUUAUAUCAGAUGAACGGCAGCGGAACUACCGGCUACAACAGUGCUAAAUCUGUUUCUUCCACCGCUAUGAAAGGAACUGGUGAAGGUCCUGCUGGAAGUCAUGCUGUUGCUGAUAACAGGAAUAGUAAACUACAAUCUUCUUCUCGGCAAGGGCAAGGGCAAGGGCAGGGGCAACAACAACAUGAAUUCAGUGGUACUUCUAAGGGUGGGCCUGGAGGAAAUGAUGGCAACGGAAAUGGAAAAGGUGGAAGUAGUAUGAACAAGGGUGUUCCUUCAGCUUCGAGUAAGGGAACAAGUAAUGGAAAAAUGAAUGUCGAACAGAUGGGUGGUAGUGCUUCUCGUUAUUCUGACUCUCCGUCUCGCUACAACAACCCAGCCGCAGGAGACAGGAGUCCUUAUAAUCAGCAGCUGAACGGCACAGGGCCAACUACCUCUUCUUCUUCACGUGGAGGUAAGAUGAAUAGUAAAGGUACUAGUAAAGGUGGUUACAACGCCUACGACGACAGAGGACCAUUUGGAUUUGAUGGAGGACCUCGUGGAGGGUACGACGACGACUGUGGAGGGUGCGAUCGCGAUUACAUGUACCUGUCGAAAUCAAGUUAAGGGUCGUUUCCAGAUUACAUCAUCCACUACCAUCCUUGACCUAUUUCCUAGUCGGAAAAUAAGGCUAAGCUGCAGGAUGUUCUGGGGAAUGUAAUUCUGCAACCUCUAAUCAAUGGCUGGCCCACCCGAUAAAGGUGGUAGUAGCUCUUCUAGAGAUAAGAUCAUGACGAGUGGCGGAGGUUACAUGAAAGGUGGCCCAGGAAACAAGGCAGCGCCGCCAAAAGGGGUUAUGAAUAUGGAUUGCAACAUUGUCUUUGUCGAAGCGUACUAAUUGUAAUUAAUUUAGGAAAGAAGAUCAAGAUGCUGAUGUUGCGCUAAAAAUCUGUUUUGUUUGAUGGUUCACGACAAGAACUUCUACUGAGUCUGUAAUUGUUUUGAACUUGAAAGUGUCUUGAGAACAACAAGGGUAAAAAGAAUAAUUAGCCCUAAUGCGAGUCCUCUUCAUCUUCUAAUUCUAAUAUCCGCAGUACUAGGUAUCCGCAAGACUACGACUACCCUCCAGGAGCCGAUCAGAGGAUAACAACUGCAUGGGGAAAAAGUUUCGAAAAAAACGAUAUGGGUAGUGCUGGCGGAGGCAGCAAAGGUCUAACUGGCAGCACUGGCAAAGGAAAAGGAGGUGGGCCUUCUUCUGGUGCUAAAGGAGACACGAUGAUGAAAGGAGGUCUUAUGCAACCAUCAACUUCUUCGAGUAAAGGAGAUGGCACUCAACCAGAUGGCGGAAAACGAAUAACUGCUCACAAAGGCGUGGAGUACUUCAAUCUUCUCCAUUUUUUGAUCUGCAUCAACAUCAUGUUGGUAAAGAAAAACUGAAAAUACCUCAACUACUACGUUGCACUAGAUCUUCUUCUAGUUCUAUGGAUAAAAGCGGAAUGACUUCUGCCAACAAACUUUUUUCUUUAACAUACUCCCUUCCCUUAUACCUGUUGACCACGAUCAGAUACAAGCACAACAUGGUGCCUCGAAACAAGGACUUGCUUGAGGAAUAUGGGCACACAAUGUCGGAGAAACCUAUUACGACUCUGAUGAUUCGCAACAUUCCUAACCGGUACACGCAAAAGCAGUUUAUACAGGAAUUAGACGCCAUCGUUAAGGGUCGUUACCGUUAUUCAUCUUGAGAAGCAUGUUCUUAGUCCUCCUUUCCUUUAAGGGAAAGAAAACGCGCCAAAGGUGCUCUCUAAGAACAAGAUGAAUAUACUUAGGCGAGGUCUAACAUCGGGUUCAAGAAUACCUACAAUUAAGGGCUUCCGAAUUACAUCCCUCACUACCAUCCUUGGUUCCUUUUUAGGUCAAGGAUGUUCUGAGGAAUGUAAUUCCGUGGCCUGUAUCUAAUACAGUUUUGCUUAUUUGCCGAUCGACCGCAGCACCGAGAGCAGUGUGGGGUAUGCCUUCGUCAACUUUCGAAAACCGAGUGACGCGGUGCGGGCACUGCAAAUUUUCGGGGAGUACCGAUUUCAAAGGUACAAGAAAACUACAAUAACUACUACAUUUGUAUGAUCCAUUAUUUACUAGACUUAAUUAGUUCUUUUAGUAUCUUAAUCUUUCUUUGAACAAUGAGCUACUUCAUUUCAUUAUUCAUUUAUGCUACAACUUCUAAAGAGCAGGUAACACGACGAGGAACUACCAGGACAACGACCAUGAUCAUACAACACUUCUCAGGUAUCGCAAUGUUUCUUCGAAAAUUGGUACUGUCUCGGUAGCGCACAUUCAGGGUUUGGACAACAAUAUCAAGCACUACAAGAAAUCCGUGAUUGCGGAUGAGAAGAACAGUUUCCGACCUUUUGUGUUGAGGGAACCGCCUGAAGGAAGUGUGAGUCCAUCAAAUAAAGGGCGACGAGCUCGCAAGCACUCGAGAAAAAACAAGAACACGCCAGCGCCUGCAGAAGCGGGAGCAGAAGGAGACGCUGCGGGGGAUGAGGAGUACGCAGAUGCUGUGUCUGUGAAGGAAGAUCGGGGUGAUGGUGGAGAAAAAGAGAACCCAGAACAGGAGCCGCAGGAGACCAAUAAUGAAAAAGAUGCCUCCUCGAGCUCCUCUACUCCCGCGGGAAGCAGCAAGAAGAACAAAAACGAAAACACUGCAGGAGCUGGCACCUACGACAGUAGUACGACUACAGAUCAGGAACAGGCGGGUGCAACUGCAUGUACCAGCUUGCUUGCCUCUGCGAGUGCGACAGCACCAACAGAGGGCACAACGACGGAAGGAAGCGACAAAAAGGAUAAGAAUGCAGCUUCAUCUGAUCCGGUGCCGGCAUCCAACGAAGAUGCAUAA